CACGUCACAAGAUCUUCUUUUUCUUCUCUUCUGUUCUCUCUAUAUUUUUCAACUCCCUGGAUUUCUUCAUCAAAACCCUAAUUUUAGCCCAGCUGUUUCUUUCUUCUUCUAUAUCUUUCACAAUACCUAACAUCAAGGUAUCAUUUCGUAUAUCAUCAGUGUGAAUGUAGAUGGAGUGAUCAUAUCAUCAGUUUAAAGAAUUUUCCAUCAUUUGGGUGUCUAGGGUUUUGAUUACUAAGGAAUAAUGGAGGCUAAUAUGUGUGACAUCAACCAGUUGGAUGCUGAUGUCCUUUUGCCUCCCCGGAAGCGUCUGCUUGCUGGAUUCAAGAAACAGAUUUUCGAUGCUAAUGGAAAUGUUGAUGUCGAGGGUGAUGGGGCUUCACCUCCACCAGCAGUGGCUUCUUCUUCAUCUCCUCCUAAUAGUCCUUACUCAAGUGAAUUUUCAAAUGACUUUAAUGCCCAUCUUAACAAUUUAUUAAAUUCAACAAUGAAUAAUUCGGCUCUUUCUCAUGAGGAGGUUGCACAGUCGGCACAAUUUGCAGCUAUCACAGCGAUUAAGGCCGCAAAGGAUGCAAGAGCUGCUGCUGAGGAGAAGGCUGCUGCUGCCACAAAAGCAAUUACUGCUGCUAAGAGUGCUUUAGACUUGGUUGCUUCUUUUAACGAAGAGAUGGCUUCCAAGGACAGACACUUGAAAAAGAACAAGUCGAAGAAGCACGUUCCUGUUCAGCUUUUGUACAAAAAGCAUCAAUCAAUUGAGAAUAAUAAGAGUGAUGAAGAACUAGCCCGAAGGUUGCAUCGAGUUAUGAACAGCUCUCCCAGAAUCUCAAGGAACUUUUCAGGUUCUGAUUUGAAAGGUCAUAAACAUAAGAAGCCUAAAAACUCGCACACCUCUGAGAAAAUUAGGGCUCCCAAUGGGGUUUUGAUCUUGAGAGAACACCCAGUUUGUCCAUCCAAUGGACGUGCUGCAGAAGGCAAGGUAGACUCUGAAAAUCAGGGCUCCAUUCAGGAGGCAUACACAGUUAGAGCUGAUGAAACGGCAUCUAAAUAUGAAAAAUCUGGCCAAGUAGUAGAAUCAAGUCAAUCAAAGGAUAAAACUGUGGAGGACACAAAUUCUCCUGGUAAAAAGAGGGGAAGGCUCAAGCUAAAAAAGCUGCCCUUAAGCAUUUGCAAUUACAAGGACAGAGUAAAUCCUAAGGAGGAAUUGAUUAGUAGAGCCCCUCCACUGGCUGAUAAGAACAUGAGCAAUCCACCUCCUGGUAACAUGCCUUUGUUUUCUCUGGAGCCUUCUUCUGACAGUAUGAUGCCAACGGAACCUACACCAACAUGGAAAUGCCAGGAGUUCAAGGCACCUGCAUGCAUCAAACAAAACAAGGUUGUGCAAUCAUAGUGGUCAAAUCUUGUUGUGGAGACAGGUGACUACCAUGAUAGAGGAAGUUAGCUGAGGUAGGAUUUGUGAUGCUCUUUUUAUAGAAACGGCUUCUUUUGAUUUUUCAUUUCGCUCAUCUCUGGCUCUGUAAGGAAGUUGAAUUGCUCUGUAUAUGUUUAACAAUUAAAUGCUUGCUUUUACUAUUACAUUUCAUGUAGUGCCAGCUGCUUUUACAUAACAACAAAGCAUGGAGUUGAGAUGAGAGAGGGAUGCAAUAUUAGAUAGCAGUAUAUUGAUCUUCUGCAUAUUUUCAAAGUUAAUUUAAAUUUCUUUGGUUUGUACUCA